AUGCACCAUUUUCAGUUUGUGAAACUCGGAACUAUAUACGCCUACAUGGACCAACUAGAUGUUGCACUUCAAUAUGGCAUGAAAGCCGUUGAGGUUUAUCGGAAAACAUUGGGGGAGAGAAAAUUUUACACGAUUGGUUCUAUUGGUAACCUUACAAUCUUAUACGGUCGUCUGAACCCGUUUUCAAGAAGCCGAGCCCCCUUGCGCGAGCUGGAUUCUCUGGGAGAAAAGCACCCUGGGACAAUUGAUGCGAUGGAGAUUCUCGCGAUGGUCUAUGAGGGUCUGAAGAGAGAUAAAGAGGCCUCGUCUCUUAGGUGGGGGGUUACAAAAGCGCGGGUCGAUGCCUACCGAGAUAGAAAUCGGAGAAGGUUCAGUCACAAUAAUCUUCUUUCUUUAACUGCAAAGGUUCUGGUGUCAGCCAUUGAUCGGUUUGAGUAA